AUGGGGGGAAGGGAGAGAAGUGAAGGGCAAAUGGAAAUGUUUAGAAGGGCUUUAGAGAUGUAUGGGCUCUCUGAUCUGGGACGGUGUGGGUAUAAGUUCACAUGGAGCAAUGGUCAUGGGGAUGAGUCUUUCGUAAAAGAAAGGUUGGAUCGGGCUAUAGCUAAUCAUGGUUGGGCUAGUAGAUUUCAAGAAAUGAGUGUGGAAACUCUAGUGACUUGGGUUUCAAACCACAAACCCCUUGUUCUUGCUGCUAAUAGGAGAGUACAAAGGUAUGUUAAGAGAAGAAAUUUGAAGUAUGAAAUGAGUUCGGGCUUGGAAGAGGAGUGUGGAAGAAUUGUGGAAGUUGAAUGGGAAAAGACCUUUGGUGUGAAUGAGCCACGAAAAAAGUUACAGAGGGGUCUAGCUGGGUGCAAAAACUCAUUGAGCAGAUGA